GGAAGUCCUUUGGGAAAUUUUUAAAGUGGAGUACCACCGGGGUACACGUCGUCGCAGCCGGCGCUUGGCGGUUCUACCGGCUGCCCCAGUGAAAUGUGCUUAUCCGAGGAGAAUGUCGCGAAACUGUGUCAAAAAUAGGCAAGCAGCGGCAAGUGAUCGCAAACCACUGUAGACAAGACAAAAGGGAGGAAUAAAGUCACCGGCCAGUUUUACGCCAAGAGACGACGUGCACAUGGAGCAAGUGUUGGACCACUGCUCGGAAGGAUGUACCCGUUUGGUCGUCGGAUUCGCUAAUGCAACCGUGCUUCUGGACGGUGUAACGAAGCACGUAAAACGCGGAACCUUUGCCAUCGACAUCUUCGGCCUGCGGGGAGGUCACAAGUUCUAGUGCGUCUAGUUCCAAGUUAAUAACCUGAUCCCCUGGAUUUUGGUUCGCGUACUACAGAACUCACAAUGGGACGACGUUGGUGAACUCUGGAUGCUGGACUGCUGGAAUGUACACGGCGGCACAUAUGUGGGAAAAAAGGCCGUGCCUUAUCUGUGAUCUUUCAUAGCUAAAAGCUGGUUAAACCGCUAACCAAAACCUUUUGCGGCGGGUGUUGUGAGUGUGAGCGUGUGAUAUAUAUAUCAGUGUGUUUACUUCCUUCCGUCCUUGUCCACGCGACAACCGCUUCUCAGCAAAGUUGGCUGAAGUGCGGCAGAACGUGACCUGAAGGCAGCAAUUAAAAAGAACCACCAUCCAUCGGCCGUUUCGCUUUCAUAUGCUUUGCAAUCUGAAGAGUUACCGAUUUGGACGAUUCAAAAUGACUAGAAAAAAUACCAUAAAAUUUUCGUACGAUAGUGACGAUGCCAUGGAAAGCUGCGGUUAUCUGAAGUUCACCGACGAUAACAUGAAGUCGAACUUUUUGCAGAGUCUUAGCACGAUGCGCAAAAAUCGUCUCUUCUGUGACGUGGUUUUGCUGGUGGAAAACACGGAAAUUCAUGCGCAUCGGAAUGUGCUGGCUUGCGUGUCGCCACAGCUGAUGGAACUGUUCAGCACGGAUGCGGGUACACUGAACGGUGGACCAACCGCUGCCAGUGACGCCAAGCUGCCCUGCUAUCGGCUGAACGGACUAAUCACCAAGCACGGUCUGAUGUAUCUGGUCGAGUAUGCCUACACCGGAUCAUUGGAAGUGCCCGAUGAGAUGAUCCGCGAUGUCUAUCUCGCUGCCUGGCAGCUGAAGAUCGAUAGUGUGGUGAAGGAGUGCGCCCGUCAUCUGGUGAGCGAGCUGGAGCCGGACAUCUGCAUCGAGACCCGUUCGCUGCCCGGCAUCGAGCGUAACCAGCGCUUCGUGCAGGAAGUGGAUGCGUACAUCGCGAAAAGCUUCCAUCUCGUGUCGGAAACGGCUGGCUUCCUGCAGCUGCCCUGCGUGCUGAUCGAGGUGCUGUACCAAACGCGCCAGGAGAUGUCGCUGGUGGCGGAAUGCUCCCUCGGUCGGCUCGUUAUCGAUUGGAUUCGUCGGCAAAUGUUGGAGGAUGAAGUAUCGGUGUCUUCUCUGCUGGAACGCUCUCAUAUGCUGUACUUGGCGCUGGACAAUUCGCUGCAGGAUUGUGCCGAUCUGCCACCGGGGCAGGAAUCCGAGAGCGAUUUGGUGCAGGAUUACAAGCGACUGGUGCUCAAGUGUCCAAGCAAUAAGAAACAUCGUAAAGCACUGAAAACGCCAGGCCGGCCACGGAUGAUACUGUAUAGUCGUGAUAUCGGUGAUCGCAGUGAUGCCACAGAUGCGGCCGCGACCGAAAUGGAUUGGAGUUUGGUUGGAUGCAGUAAGCUUUCCGAUCACUCUUAUGUUGCGCUCGUUACGCUGAAUGGCAAUCUGGCCCGUCUUUCUAUUCAGCUGCGGUUAAACAUCCCCACGACACCGUCACCAAUCAAUACGCCGGAUGUGAUGAGUACCAGUGUGAGCCGAGAUGAAGAUCUGGACGAGUGCCAACAGCCGGAACUGUUCUGCGAGGUAGCAACCAUGUCCGGGCCGAAAUGUGGUCUCGGUGUAGCCGAACUCGAGGGAAAGCUGCUCGUUUGCGGUGGAUACGAUCGGGCCGAGUGUCUACGGUCGGUAGAAUCCUACUGUCCGGAAACUAACAGCUGGACACAGCAGUCGAACAUGGGCGAGGCACGUGGACGCGUACAGAUAGCUGUUAUCGACGGUACGGUGUACGCGGUCGGAGGUUGUAACGGAACGACGGAACUUGAUUCGGUGGAGUAUCUUUCGAAGGCGGAACGAAAGUGGAAGAAGAUGUGUAAACUACCUCUCGCUCGGAGCAAUGCGGGCGUGUGUGCGCUGAAUGGUAAAAUCUAUUGCAUCGGUGGCUGGAACGGACAGAGCGGUAUCAAGCAGUGCGAUGUGCUGAAACCGGACGAGAAUCGCUGGUUCUCCGUUGCCCCGUUGCAUACGGGACGGUAUCAGGCUGGCGUUACGGCAUACGGUGGCAAGCUGUGGGUCGUCGGUGGAAGUGAUGCGUGGAAUUGCCUCGGUUCGGUGGAGGUGUACGAUGUGGAAGCAAAUCAGUGGACGCUGGGACCUUCGCUUUCAACAGCUAGACGUGGUUGUGGAUUGGCCGAGUACAAUGGCAAACUGUACGCCGUUGGCGGUAGUGAUGGUACCCAUUCACUGAAUACGACCGAGUGCUAUGACGAAGAGAGCAAAUGUUGGGUCGCCGGACCCAACCUAACUUCCCCGCGUUCCAACGUGUCUGUCGCGGUGGUUCAGAAUCGGUUGUACGCAAUCGGUGGGUUCUCUGGUAAGACGUUCCUUAGCACGGUUGAAUAUCUCGACGCAGCUACAAACGAAUGGACCACCUUCGUGCCACAAACGAGCGCCAACAUUGAUUCGUUGCUCGAGAACUCCCUGCGUGCAGCUUUGCAGAACGUGAGGUCCUCAUCGUCGACCUCCUCGUCACCGGACCACCUGAGCGGUAACGGUGGGGCCAAUGAGAACACCUUCAAACCGAUACACACCGCGCUAAAUAACGAAUACAACCGACAGCAGCAUUCGCCAAAGGCAACGGCAGGCGCAAAGCAAGAUAUUCUGUUCACCUCGGUGCAGAAUAGCGCCAAAACGGCUCUGCUAGAUGACGAGCAGGACGACCAUGACAACGGGGACCUGAGCAAGAGCAAUACCGCGACCAAGACAGCCCAGGAGAACAGUAUUAGUCUGCUGCAGCAACUGGCGGCCAACAAGUGUACGGAGAUAGCGACCGCCGGCAAUCAUUCCAGCUAACCGACGCUGGCAGCCACCGGUUUGAGUGCGGUUUCGAAUGACACAACUAACGCUGACCUAAUUGACUGUGACAACGGUGAUGAGGUAGAUUAAUAUUGUGUGCAGCCUGUCUAUACAGAAUUCCAGCCUAAUUGUUUGCAAACUCUAUAAACGUCUUUCGUACUGGUUAUAUGAGCGAAUGGGAAGAUGUUUUUUUACAGACCCCUGAUCAGAAUAUCUAUUUCGAAAUCUAUUACACCGAAGAUCCGGUUAAGGUCAGACAGACACAAGUGUGCGCAAAACAAGUAAGCAAACAGCGCUAAUUUUUAAAACGUUGCAAAGAGCUGAGCUAGGCAAUAGGCGACACGGUGAGAAUUAUUGCAAACUAUAUGUAAAAUGUUCUAGAUAAUAAGCGAAAUAAGUGAAUACGGACUUCUUUCCAACAAAAAAAAAAAUAACAGUCCUGAUGUUUCUGCAGGAUGUAAUUGAACAGCAUAUUCAUUAAAUUGUAAGAAAAGGCAAAAC